GUCCAUUAUGCCCAUAAUGAUCACAAUAAUGUUGAAUAAUGCUUCCGGGUAAUACAGCAGGAUGUGAACUAAAUUAUAUAAAUAUGGGCUUGGUCCAUUUGAACCUGUAUCACUCUCAUAUUUUCCCAUCAACAGAAUAAUAUUUCGCAAGCUAUUAAGAACUCUCAAAAAUGGAAUCAGACUCAGCAUCGCAGUUCGUUCCUCAGGAACCACAGCCAACCUUCAUGACCAAGGCAUUUAUCACAGCCCUUGCCGAUGUUCGACUCCUCGUUGGAGCCACCGCAAUUAUCCUGCCUCUCCCAUCCGCGUCCAUGUUCGGGCUUCCUAUCGCCUCUGCCUCUAGAAGUAUCGGACAAUUCUACGGAGCGCGUGAGCUAGCUAUCGGCGGACUUCUGUUUGCUUCUUACAGCAGCUACAUGAAAUCAUCCAAAGAAGAUGGGAUUCCACUUAAGGCAACACGCGACGCUACCAACGCCACGAUAGUAGAACGGAAAGAAGCCUUGAAAAAUGUCUUAUGGGCAUGUCUGCUUAUUGAUACCAUCGACUUGGGAAGCAUUGCUGUCAACGCGUUCAGAGGGGAGAUUGGAUUGCGAGCGAUGUGGAUGGGUGGUGGCGCUGGGGUGGCUGGUGUGGUUUUUGCGGCCUCUGCAUUGAGGGCAUUGUAAGGAGGUUUUGUUUGAGCAAUGUUGUGAGAUUAUUUAGAUUGGCGCAGAACUGAAUGGGUUAUAAAUAUACGCAUGGGAUUUAGUGGUUAUGUUUGUUCGAGCUGCCCGCUGGUGCUGAGUCGAUGGUCUCUGUGGCCAGCGCCUAGUUCAUAUUUCAUCCCAAAGAAGCUCAUUUCGCGUCUUG